AUGUCGCAGCUAGCAUCGCAAAACUACGCCUCGACUUCGUUUGCUUUCGAUGAUGCCCUCCCAAAGAAGAGUGCAUAUUUCGUUCCUAGGAACACGCGUGGUAAUCUUCCAGUGUACACGGACGUUCGGAACGGCGGAGGCCGUCAAUUGGUGCUCGUGCGGAACGUGGAAGGGAAUGUUAGUGAACUGGCGAGAGACCUAGCACAAUCUCUCUUCCCUGCGGAUUCACUAGAGGCGUCCCGAUUCAAAAUUCAGAUCAGCCAGUCAAAACAUUUGGUGAUUGCUGGUGGCCGUUGGAGAGACAAUGUGGUCGAGUGGUUGAAGGAGAAAGGCUUCUAG